AUGGCGACUGCUGGCAAUCCAGACGGUGGCUCUUCGCGAAUAUGUUCAAAAUCCCUUGCUUCAAAGCAGCUGCCUCACGCCACUCCUGAGAAUUUCCGCAAUCCCGAUAGGCAUAAAGGCCACGGCUCAGGACGUGAGAAUUCAUCUUUCAAGCGCUUUUCUAAUAUUUCAGGGCUUAAAAUGUCAUUCUUUUUUGCAAUGCUUGUCGCUUUGUUUGCGUUGUGCUGGCUCCCUCAAUCUUUAGGCUUGCCAUAUGCCAACUUUCCCAAAUCAGCAAUUCAUGCUUCCUAUCCAGAUCUCCUUGAUGCCUCCGCUGAAGAGCUGGUGGAAGGGCUGGAACGCCGACGUUGGAAUAGUGUCGAUCUAACCAAGGCUUACAUACUCCGUAUCAAAGAAGUCAAUCCGACUCUCAACGUCGUCAACGAUAUUAAUCCUAUUGCCCUGUCUAUUGCAGCUGAUCUUGAUGCCGAACGGGCUAGUGGAAAAGUCCGUAGUAGGCUGCACGGCCUACCAAUGCUUCUCAAAGACAACAUUGCCACGAUGGACCAGAUGAAUAAUACGGCAGGUUCCUACGCCCUUGUCGGUGCUACGAUACCCCGGGAUUCAACGGUUGCUAAGAAGCUACGGGACGCUGGUGUUAUUCUCCUCGGGAAAGCCAACAUGUCCCAAUGGGCUUAUUUCAGAUCAUUCAACACUUCAAGUGGAUGGUCUGCAUAUGGAGGUCAGGUGACUGGCGCAUAUUACCCCGAUAUGGAUCCCAGUGGAAGCUCUUCUGGGAGUAGUGUAGGAAGCUCCAUUGGUCUUGCAUGGGCUUCUUUAGGUACUGAGACCAGUGGAAGUAUUGUGUCUCCAGCCAGUGCCAACAAUGUUGUCGGUAUCAAGCCUACGGUUGGAUUGACUUCGAGAUCGCUGGUCAUUCCCAUCAGUGAGCGUCAGGAUACAGUUGGACCCAUGGCCCGUUCGGUCACUGAUGCUGCCAUGCUUCUGUCGAUAAUUGCUGGUAAGGACCCGGACGACAACUACACUCUUGCGCAGCCCUUCGACAGUCCUCCAGACUACAGCAAGGGACUGAAACUUUCUAGUCUUAAGGGUGCACGCAUCGGCAUUGCAAGGAACGCGAUCGGAACCCUUGGCGUGGUGGAUAGCUCCGCAAAACCAAUUCUGGACGCCUUCGAAAAAGCUAUUCGGGUUAUGAAGAAAGCCGGCGCUAUCAUUAUAGACAACGCCAAUUAUACGGCACAGCAAGAACAGAUAGACGACCAGGAUCGCGUCUUACUUACUGUUCUUGGAGCGGACCUCGUGUCCGGGCUUCCAAAAUAUCUCUCAGAACUUACCAACAACCCCAACAACAUAACUUUACUGAAUGAUUUGCUCAACUUUACACAGCAUUCUCCAGCUGAACAUUAUCCUGAGAGAGACACACUCAUAUGGCAGGCGGCUCUUGCCGGGCCGAAACAGUCAGAUCCUGAAUUUUGGGAAGCCUAUCAGAAAGGACUUCGUUGGAGCGGAGAGGGCGGGAUUACAGGCGCUCUGGCACGGUUCAACCUUGAUGCAUUAAUUUUGCCGACGAACUAUGCGCCAGAUAUGGCCGCCUACGGAGGUCUACCAGUAAUUACAGUCCCAAUGGGCUCCUACCCACAGAGCAGCAUAGUCCAAAAGUCCGUAUGGAAUCUGGCGGAGACAGCACCAAAUAUACCCCAAGUUUCGGUCUGUCGUUCUUGGGACCGAAAUGGAGUGAGCAGACAUUGA